UAUUUCAAUCAUGUCGACAAGUUAUUAUAAAUAAACGUGAAGAAUGGAAAAAAUUAGGUUUAACAAAUCAUUUAAAACAAUCAUCAUUAAAUUUAUUAAAUACAAAACAUUUAACUAUAUUUGAUCGAACAAAACCUGAUGGUUUAUUACUUGAAAUAUAUGUUCAUAUAACAAAAUUAUGUCAAAUAUCAAUAGGACAAUUACUUUGGGGUGAUAUAUCAUUAAUUGAUGAACAAUAUCUUAUUUGUCAUCAACAUAAAAUUGAAAAUCAAACAGUUAGACUUUAUGCAACACCACAUAAUAUUUUGACAUGUCCAGUACAAGCCUAUCGACUUUAUGCAACACAUCGACCACCACAAUGCAAUACACCACAAUCACCAUUUUUUCUUGUGCCACGUUCAACAAAUAUUCAUCCAAUUUGGUAUAAAACAACAGCAGCUGGUAAAAAUCUUGAACAAAUACUUCAAAAAGCUAUACAACAUGCUACUCUUCUUAAACAAUCAUCAUCUCCAAAUGUAAAUGAAUUAAUAUCUAAUGGAAAACGAAAUGAAUUACAAAGUAAUUCAAAACGAUUACAAUCAUCUUUAAUUCAACCACUUAAUCUAUCUGUUACAACAACAACAACAACAACAAUAGAAGAUGAUAGUGGUACAGCUUUAUCAUCACCAACAAAUUCAUUAUCAAAUGAUGUUAUAUCAUCAUCAUCAACAACAAUAAAUGGUUUUAUUAAUAAAUCAAUAAUAACACCGGUUUGGGAUGAAAGUGUUACUGAUAUAUUAUUAACUAUUGCUAAACAACGUGAUACACGUACAGUAAAAAUAAAUACACUUCGAACAUAUUUAGAAGAAAAAUUAGGUUUUGUAGAAUUUUUAUGUCUUUAUCGUGGUUUUAAAUCGGAACCAAAAAUAACAUUUCAUGGGACACCAUGGGAACAUUAUCAACGUUUUUUACCUGUUCUUUUUACAUUGCUCACACUUGAAAAUACGACUGUUUAA